UUCGGUGGAGGAAGCCGGUGGACUUGUCGUCUCUCUUUCUUCUCACUCAGUCUGAAGCAAAAUAGCGUGCGAUCGCUUCACGAGUUACGACUGCUUGCUUAAUCUGUCUCAAAUUAUAGCUUUGCUGAACAAAUAAAGCUGAAUCCUCCAGUGGAACUUAGAAGAGAAGGCAUCAUCAUCUGAAGUAUGAGGAAGCGAGAUUUAGCUAUCCUUAUGUUAUGCGCUUUCGCGGUUUUCUUUUCUCUGCAGCAUGAAAGAGAUUUUUCAUUUAGAGAAGCAUGGUUCCAUCUAUCUGAAGAGUAUCCAAUCAAGUAUGAGGGUGAACGUUUGCCGCCACCCAUUGUUGCUGAUCUGAAUGGAGAUGGGAAAAAAGAGGUUCUUGUUGCUACCCACGAUGCUAAAAUUCAGGUUUUAGAGCCUCAUGUUAGGCGUGUGGAUGAAGGAUUCAAUGAAGCUCGUGUUCUGGCAGAUGUGUCUUUGUUGCCGGACAAGAUUCGUGUGGCGUCAGGAAGACGUGCUGUGGCCAUGGCAACUGGUGUUAUUGAUCGGACUUAUAAGCAAGGGCAAAUGCAGAAGCAGGUGCUGGUUGUUGUCACGUCAGGAUGGUCCGUUAUGUGUUUUGACCACAACCUUCAUAAGCUAUGGGAAGCAAAUCUACAGGAGGAUUUUCCACAUAAUGCACAUCAUAGAGAGAUAUCCAUCUCUAUUAGCAAUUACACCUUGAAACAUGGAGAUGCAGGGUUAGUUAUCAUUGGUGGAAGGAUGGAAACGCAACCCCAUGUUUUCAUGGAUCCUUUUGAGGAAAUUUUAAUGGAAGAAAAGAAUGCUGAACAACAUAGAAGAAGUGCGGGCGAGAAGGAAGCUUCAGAAACUACUGGAACUAUGGAUGCUCGACAUUUUGCUUUUUAUGCAUUUUCUGGUCGGACUGGCACACUUCGUUGGAGCAGAAAGAAUGAGAAUAUUGAACCACACACAUCGGAUGCAUCACAAUUGAUUCCACAACACAACUACAAGCUUGAUGUUCAUUCACUAAACACUCGUCACCCUGGUGAGUUUGAAUGUCGGGAGUUCAGGGAAGCAAUUCUUGGAGUUAUGCCUCAUCGCUGGGAUAGGCGAGAAGACACGAUGUUGAAGCUUGCACACUUCAAAAGACACAAGAGGAAGACAUUGAAGAGAACAAAUGGGAAAGCGUCAACUUUCUCUUUUAACAAGCCUGAGGAAAACCAUCCUCCAGGGAAAAACACUGCAGGGAGAAUUUCAAACUUGAUUGGAAAAGCCACAAAGUAUGCUGGUUCUGCAAAACCUAAAAAGCCAUUGAGUUAUAUUCCUACCAUAACAAAUCACACUCAGCUUUGGUGGGUUCCCAAUGUUGUUGUGGCCCAUCAGAAAGAGGGGAUAGAAGCUGUUCAUUUGGCAUCUGGCCGCACAAUAUGUAAGCUUCAUCUGCAAGAAGGUGGUCUCCAUGCUGACAUUAAUGGAGAUGGUGUUCUAGAUCAUGUCCAGGCUGUUGGAGGAAAUGGUGCUGAGCAGACUGUUGUAAGUGGAUCCAUGGAAGUGCUGCGACCCUGUUGGGCGGUUGCAACCUCUGGGGUGCCUGUAAGAGAGCAGAUUUUCAAUGUUUCGAUAUGCCAUCAUUCCCAUUUUAACUUCUUCCAGCCUGGAGAUUUUUCGAGAAGCUUUGGUCGAGUUCCAGAUAUGAGUUCUUUAGAGGUUGCUACCCCUAUUCUAAUUAAAAAACUCGAUGGUCAUCAGCAUCAGAAGAGAAGCUCUGGUUAUGUCGUUUUCUUAACCAACAGAGGGGAGGUGACAUCAUACUCUCCUAAUGAACACGGCCAUGAAGCAGUUUGGCAAUGGCAGAUUCUAACCGGGGCUACAUGGUCUAACCUUCCAUCCCCUUCCGGAAUGAUGGAAGUUGGAAAUGUGGUCCCCACAUUGAAACCGUUCACCCUUCGUGUGCAUGACGAUCAAGAACUGAUCCUUGCUUCAGGAGACCAGGAAGCUGUGGUGAUCUCUCCCGGAGGCACUAUACUAGCAACUAUCACUCUUCCUUCUUCGCCUUCACACGCCCUUAUAUCCGACGACUUUUCGAACGACGGAUUGAAUGACCUAAUUUUGGUGACGUCUAAUGGUGUUUAUGGUUUUGUUCAGACUAGGCAUGCUGGGGCUCUCUUCUUUAGUACGCUUGUUGGUUGCCUUAUAAUCGUGAUGGGUGUGAUCUUCGUUACCCAACACCUCAGUUCCGUCAAGGGAAAACCUCGAGCUUCGCCGGGUGGUCCACGAUGAAAAAGGUUGGUAAUAAUUUUUUCGCGGGUAGAGAUCUUAUUAUGUGUUUUAAGGUAACUGAUUCAACUAGGGUUUUGUGGUGUAUGAUGUUGCGAUUUUAGUUGUUUAUACAAGACCUUUUUUUUCUGCACAAGGACAGUAUUUUUAAAGUGUAGUAUGUGAAAACUGAGAAUGUAUUCAUUAUGUUGAAAAUGAAAGCUUGUUCAGCUUCUAACAAUAGGAAACUAAAGCUUAAAUGGUAUUCACUUAUCAGAUUUUAUGUU